AUGGCACCCGCAGCAAUGACUCUGCUCUGUACGGGACUCUACCUGCUCUCUUCCUUUGCACAGGUAUCAGAGGCAGCUCCAUGGCUGUUCUCCCGGAGUGUCCCGCCAAGUGCUAAGCAUGACGGCCGAUUGGGAGCUGUCGCGAGUGAGAAUGGCAUGUGCAGUCAGUACGGUGCCGAUAUGUUGAAGCUGGGAGGCAAUGCUGCAGACGCCAUGGUUGCUACUGUGUUCUGCGUCGGUGUUACCUCCAUGUAUCACAGUGGCAUUGGUGGUGGAGGCUUCAUGCUGAUCCGCGCGCCUAAUGGAACCCACGAGUUCAUCGACUUCAGAGAGACCGCGCCUGCUGCAGCAUUCCAGGACAUGUUCAAGAACAGCUCUGACAGCUCUACCAGAGGCGGACUAGCAAGUGGUGUUCCUGGAGAAGUUCGUGGACUAGAGUACCUCCAUAAGAACUAUGGCAAACUGCCCUGGAGCGUCGUUAUGCAACCCGCCAUUCGCACUGCUCGAGAUGGAUUCCGUGUCACCAAGGACCUCGCACGCAUCAUGGCAACGGCCACGAGGAACGGAGACUUCCUCUCUGAUAACCCUACAUGGGCUGUCGACUUUGCGCCACAAGGAACCCUUCUCCAGGUUGGCGACUUGAUUACUCGCAGACGAUAUGGAGACACCUUGGACAAGAUCGCGAGAUACGGUGCCGACGCCUUUUACACCGGGCCCAUGGCGAAAGCCAUGAUCAAUGCACUGAGUGCGGCUAACGGCACGAUGACGCUUGCGGAUCUUAAGAACUAUACCGUGGCUAGGAGGCCGACUGCCGAAAUCGAAUACCGCGGCAUGAAAGUCACCAGCACUACUGCUCCCUCCAGCGGAGUGGUGCUCCUGAGUAUUCUGAAACUCGUCAAUGGAUACAAGAACUUUUUCAGUCGCGGGUCUCUCCCGCUUAGUACCCAUAGGUUGGACGAGGCCAUCCGGUUUGGAUAUGGACAGAGAACCGAGCUGGGCGAUCCACUCUUCGUUACGAACUUGACUGAGUACCAGAGGAAGAUGAUCUCCGAGGAGGUCGCAGAUAAGAAUCGUCGAAAUAUCUCCGAUGCUUAUACGCAGAGCAUAGCAGUAUAUGACCCCAAGGGUCUUGAGAGCUUGAACACACCCGGAACAUCCCACAUUUCUACAGCAGAUAACACUGGCAUGGCUGUCAGUCUAACAACCACCAUCAACCUCUACUUCGGUAGCCGUGUUAUCGUCCCUGAGACCGGUAUAAUCAUGAACAACGAGAUGGACGACUUCUCCAUCCCUGGACGCCGUAACGCAUUCGGCUACAUCCCUUCGCCUUCUAACUUCAUCCGCCCCGGCAAGCGACCACUCUCCUCCAUCUGCCCUACCAUUAUCACCGACAAGGAAGGAAAUCUCUACUUCAUCAGUGGUGCUGCAGGUGGUUCCCAGAUCAUCACUGGCACCCUGCAGAGCAUUGUGAACGUCAUGGACAGGAAGAUGAAUGUUCGACAGGCUCUAGCAGCUCCACGACUACACGACCAGCUUGUUCCUAACGAAGUUCUCAUGGAAGCUUCGUUUGACCAGGAAACGGUCAACUUCAUGAAAUCGCGAAAACAUAACGUCACCAUAGAGAAGUCCGGAAGUACGGUGGAGUCCAUUAUGAGGCUGAAGAAUGGAACCUUCGUAGCCUCUGGAGAGCCACGACUGGCUAACUCGGGAGGAAUUGCAGUUUAA